AUGAGUCAAGUGUUUGUUGAAGAAGGAACAGAUGGAAUAUUGCUAAUUGAUGCUAGUAACGCUUUUAACCAAAUGAAUAGGUCAGCGGCCUUACACAAUAUCCAGAUCAUGUGCAAAGAAAUGGCGCUCUAUGUUAUUAACACAUAUAGAAGCCCAUCUAGACUGUUUAUUUGUGGGGGAGGUGAAAUACUUUCUCGAGAAGGCACCACACAAGGAGACCCGCUAGCAAUGCCAUGGUACGCACUUAAUACAUCCAUAAUGAUACAGAAUUUGAGGGAUCAUUGCCCAUUGGUUAAACAGGUGUGGCUUGCAGACGACUCAGCUGGAGGAGGGAGUAUAGUGCAGUUAUACAACUGGUACAGGCAAUUGAGUAAGGAAGGUCAAAAGUUUGGUUACCUUGUGAAUGGGACAAAGAGCUGGCUUAUUGUGAAGUCUAGGGAACUCCGGAGGAAGCAAAGAGGGUGUUUGGAGAGGAAGUCAACAUAACGACUGAAGGUCAGCGCCAUCUGGGAGCAGUUAUUGCGUCGCAAGAAUACAAAGAUCAGUAUUGUGAGGAGAAGGUUCGUGCAUGGAAAGAGGAAAUCGAACGUCUCUCUGAAAUAGCGAAUAGCCAGCCCCAAGCGGCGUAUAUUGCUUUCACAAAAGGCUACAAGUCGAAGUUCACCUACUUCAUGCGCACGAUUGAAUCGUUUGAAGUUUAUGUCGAUCCAAUCCAGGAAGUGAUUGAAGAUUUACUACUCCCAACUUUGUUCGGUCAAUCAGAGCCUCUCCCUAACGAGGUGCGCAGACUCGCUACCUUAGCAACAGGUCAAGGGGGUCUAGGCUUUCCUGAUCUGAAAUCCGAGGCACCGCAGCAGUUUGCUGCCUCGAGACUAAUAACCGCCGCGCACGUAGAUUCUAUUACUUCACAGAGUUCCAUCAUGGUGCCAGGAGAAAGAUCUACGGAGGAGCUAAAGAGGCAUCAACAAUCACUUAAAAGAGCAAGUGCCAAAGAGAAAAUGGAUAGCAUUGAUUCAAGCCUCUCCCCAGGCCUGCUGCGUCUGGUUAAUCAAUCGAGGGACAAGGGCGCAAGUUCUUGGCUGAAUGCGUUGCCUCUCGCAGACAAAGGUUUAGCCCUCAACAAGCAAGAGUUCAGAGACUCGCUACGCUUGCGUUAUGACUUGCCCUUAGUCGAUUUACCAAGUCAAUGCAUAUGUGGGGAUAAAUUCACCGUUAGUCACACCCUCUCUUGUAAAAAGGGGGGGUUUGUAGCGCAGAGACAUGACGGUGUACGGAACUUGUUAACGACAUUCAUCGACAAGAUCUGCAAUAAUGUCGAAAUCGAACCACGCCUUCAACCCCUGGACAACGAGCGAAAUCAUUUGAGGAGCGCUGUUACAAGUUCUGAGGCAAGGUUGGACAUCAAAGCUGGAGGUUUCUGGGCAAGAGGAGUUACGGCAUUUUUUGAUGUUAGAGUUACGCACGUCAACUCCAAAUGCUACCAGAGCAAGUCAACAUCGGAAGUGUUCAAAGAGCAAGAAGAAGAGAAGAAGCGCAAGUACCAGCAGCGGGAUGAAGAAAUGGGUUCGUUUACGCCUUUAGUGUUUGGAACCAAUGGCGGAAUGGGAAACGAGUGUCAGCGGUUCUUAAAGCAUCUCGCAGACAAGAUAGUCCAGAAAGACACCGAGCCUUAUCAUGUUGUAAUCACUUGGCUCAGGACACAGGUCUCGUUUGAACUCUUAAGAUCGGUACAUGCAUGCGUCAGAGGUUCGCGAACGCCGUUUCGUAGCAAGAUAGAGCAAUCCUAUGAUCAUUAG